AGCGCCAUUACCUACCACACCCCGCCCCGUCCGUAAUUACCAUACCUACGUUUAUGGUCACUGUCUGUGGUGGCUAAGGUACUAAAAAGCUGUCCCCAACAGCCCCUCAUUCCCUCAUCAUCUCGGCCUCCCCCACCCCUCCUGCAGACCCCCGUCAUCAACGCUCCCCAAUCCUACCAACUGGUCUCAUUGACAAUCUCGCCAUCUAUUUCCCUCAACAAUUUCUUUGCAACUGACUUUCUUUUUUGUUUCUUUUUCUCUUCCAUUUAGCAGAGCAAAACAACAGCCAGCACCUUAGCGAUCACUAUGAGUGAACUCGGAGCAUCCCCAGCUGCGAUGGAGCUGAAGGAUAACACAAUCAUCGUCGUUCUCGGCGCAUCCGGAGAUCUGGCGAAGAAGAAGACGUACCCCGCGCUCUUCGGUCUGUAUCGCAAUGGCUUCCUGCCCAAGGACAUCAAGAUUGUCGGCUAUGCGCGUACAAAGAUGGACCACGAUGAGUACAUACGCCGUAUUCGAUCAUACAUGAAGACGCCGACAAAGGAGAUCGAGCAGCAACUUCACGACUUCUGCAACCUCUGCACCUAUAUUGCGGGCCAAUAUGACCGGGAUGACAGCUUUCUCGAGCUGAACAAACACCUCGAGGAGCUCGAGGCGGGCAGAUCGGAGACUCACCGUCUAUUCUACAUGGCCCUCCCCCCAAGCGUCUUUACCAUCGUCUCUCAGCACCUCAAGAGGUGCUGUUACCCUAGCAACGGCAUUGCCCGCGUCGUCGUCGAGAAACCUUUCGGCAAGGACCUCGCUAGCUCGCGGGAACUGCAAAAGUCUCUGGAACCGGACUGGAAGGAGGACGAGUUGUACCGCAUCGACCAUUAUCUGGGCAAGGAGAUGGUGAAGAACAUUCUGAUCCUCCGGUUCGGAAAUUCCUUCUUUGGGGCCACGUGGAACAGGCAGAACAUCGACAAUGUCCAGAUCACAUUCAAGGAGCCCUUCGGCACCGAGGGUCGUGGCGGGUACUUUGACGAGUUUGGCAUCAUCCGCGAUGUCAUGCAGAACCACCUGCUGCAAGUAUUGACCCUGCUCGCUAUGGAGCGCCCCAUUUCCUUCUCGGCCGAAGACAUCCGUGACGAGAAGGUCAGAGUUUUGCGCGCCAUUCCGGCCAUCGAGCCUAAGAACGUCAUCAUUGGCCAGUACGGCAGAUCUCUCGACGGCAGCAAGCCCGCUUACAAAGAAGACGACACCGUCCCCGAGGGCUCCCGGUGCCCCACCUUCUGCGCCCUGGUGGCGUACAUUAAGAACGAGCGGUGGGACGGCGUGCCGUUCAUCAUGAAGGCUGGCAAGGCGCUGAACGAGCAGAAGACGGAGAUCCGCAUCCAGUUCAAGGACGUGACCUCGGGCAUUUUUAAGGACAUCCCGCGGAACGAGCUGGUCAUGCGUAUCCAGCCCAACGAGAGCGUGUACAUCAAGAUGAACUCGAAGCUCCCGGGUCUUAGCAUGCAGACCGUCGUCACAGAGCUGGACUUGACAUACCGGCGGCGGUUCUCGGACCUUAAGAUUCCCGAGGCGUACGAGUCCUUGAUUCUCGACUGCCUCAAGGGGGACCAUUCGAACUUUGUACGAGACGAUGAACUGGAUGCGAGCUGGAGGAUUUUCACCCCCCUACUCCACUACCUCGACGACAACAAGGAGAUUAUCCCUAUGGAAUAUCCCUAUGGAUCUCGUGGUCCCGCCGUCCUCGACGACUUCACUUCGUCCUAUGGCUACAAGUUCAGUGACGCGGCGGGAUACCAGUGGCCUACUACACCUGCUUCAGCGCCGAACAAAUUCUGAGAACGCGUUCGCCCUACAUAAAUUACGAAUUUCUUCCUUCGCCGAGUUCUUUCGAUGCCCAGUGCCUCUUACCAGGGCAUGAAAUAAAGACUUUCUACGACACAUUUCUACACACUCGGACGCGCACAUGUCAUACGGGGGUCGGUAAGCGGG